AGCGCGCCGCCCCCAGACGCGCGUGGCUGCUGGCGAAGGCUGAGACCGCGCUCCCGCCGGCCAGUUUGCGGCAGCGGCAGCGGCAGCAGCAGCGCAUCCUCCCUGCUCCGCGCCUUCGCUCCGGACUCGCGUCGUCGAAGCCCCGCGGUGAUGAGCCCCGAGCCCGUCCCGCCGCCGCCGCCGCCCCAGUGCCCCGGCUGCGACCGCGCGGAGCCGAUCGCCCAGCGCUGGGAGGAGGGCGACGAGGCCUUCAGCGCGGGCGAGUACGAGAUGGCAGCCGAGCUCUUCCGCUCCUUGCUGGCCGGGCUGGCGCAACCGGACCGCGGCCUGUGCCUGAGGCUGGGGGACGCGCUGGCCCGCGCCGGCCGCCUCCCCGAGGCCCUGGGCGCGUUCCGUGGCGCCGCGCGGCUCGGGGCGCUGCGGCCGGAGGAACUAGAGGAGCUGGCGGGCGGCCUGGUGCGCGCCGUAGACCUGCGCGAGCGGCCGCCGUCCGCUGAGAACCAGGGCUGCGAGCCGGAGGCGCCUGCGGAGGGAGGGCCGGCCCCGGCGCCCCGCACUCCCCGCGACCUACUCGGCUGCCCGCGCUGCCGGCGGCUGCUGUACAGGCCAGUGACGCUGCCCUGCGGGCUCACGGUUUGCAAGCGCUGCGUGGAGCCGGGGCCCGCGCGGCCUCAGGCGCGGCGCGUGAACGUGGUGCUGUGCGGCCUGCUGGAGAGGUGCUUCCCGGCCGAGUGCAGGGUGCGCAGGCUGGCGGGCCUGGCGCGGAGCCUGCAGCGCCAGCAGCAGCCCGAGGCCGCGCUGCUCAGGUGCGACCAGGCCCUGGAGCUGGUUCCUGAUGAUAAUUCAUUAUUGCUGCUGCGGGCAGAGUUAUAUUUGAUCACGAAGAACUAUGAGCAAGCUCUCCAGGAUGCCAGCACAGUUUGUCAGAAUGAACCUCUCUUGAUUAAGGGACAUCAUGUAAAAGCUCAAGCUCUUUCUGGAUUGGGAAGAAGUAAGGAAGUGUUAAAGGAAUUUCUCUACUGCCUUGCUCUAAAUCCUGAAUGUAACGCUGUGAAGAAAGAAGCACAGAAGGUAAUGUGUGAAGUGCUGUUUUCAGCUGCAGAAAGUGUGCAUGAGAAUUUAACAUCUUCCAUCCAAAGUAGAUUAGAGGCCCAAGGUCACAGCCAGGUGAAUGCCCAGUCUCAGCCGGAAGACGGUGACGCAGGGAGCUCUGAGAAUUCAUCUGAGAAAUCUGAUAUGCUUGGAAAUACCAAUUCCGUAGUUCUAUAUUUCAUACUGGGUCUGCACUUUGAAGAGGAUAAAAAGGUGUUAGAAAGCAUCCUUCCGACAGCACCCAACGCUGGCUUAAAGGGACAGUUUCCAGAUGACAUGGAGGUUGCACCUGACCUGAACGCCCCUGGAAAAAUUCCCAAGAAAGAUUUCUCACCUCAAAGAAGCCUGAACUCUGAUAUGGAAGAAAGUCAGUGGCUCUCGCUUGAUGUGACUGACUUUGAGUGUGCCCUCUGCAUGAGGUUGCUCUUUGAACCUGUCACUACGCCCUGUGGACACACAUUUUGCCUAAAAUGCCUUGAGCGCUGCCUUGACCAUUCCCCACAGUGUCCAUUGUGCAAAGACAAACUUUCGGAACUAUUGGCAAGCAGAAACUUUAAUAUAACUGCUCUGGCUGAAGAAUUAAUAAUUCGGUAUUUGUCGGAUGAAUUGUCUGACAGGAAGAGAAUUUAUGAUGAAGAAAUGUCGGAACUGUCAAAUCUGACCAGAGACGUCCCCAUCUUUGUGUGUGCCAUGGCCUUCCCCACGGUCCCAUGUCCACUCCAUGUCUUUGAGCCCCGCUAUCGGCUUAUGAUAAGAAGAUGCAUGGAAACGGGCACCAGGCGAUUUGGCAUGUGUUUAUCUGCUGAGCACGCAGGGCUUUCAGAGUACGGGUGCAUGCUGGAGAUUAAGGAUGUGAGAACAUUUCCUGAUGGAAGUUCCGUUGUAGACGCAAUUGGCAUCAGUCGGUUCCGAGUGCUAAACCACCGCCACAGAGAUGGCUAUAACACAGCGGACAUUGAAUAUCUUGAAGAUGAAAGGGUGGAGGGUCCAGAAUAUGAAGAACUUGCCGCUCUCCAUGACUCCGUGCAUCAACAGGCUGUUUCCUGGUUUGCGUCUCUCCAGGAUCGCAUGAGAGAACAAAUUUUAAGUCAUUUUGGGGUGAUGCCAGAGAGAGAACCUGAGCCUCAGAGUAAUCCCAGUGGCCCUGCCUGGUCCUGGUGGAUCCUGGCUGUGCUGCCCCUGGAGCGCAAGGCUCAGCUGGCCAUCCUCGGCAUGACCUCACUCAAAGAGCGGCUCCUUGCCAUCCGACGGAUAUUAGUCAUCAUCACGCGUAAGAUGAAUAGUCGGCAGGAGCUGGCUAAUGCCAGGCAGAGAAAUAAUUGAUUUUUUUUCUCUCUGUUAAGGUUUCUGGAAGCCCUCGUACUUUCAUAAAUGUCAGGCAUGGACAAAUAGCCGUCCAUUCAUUGUGCUUUGUCAAGUGCUUGUGGAUAAGGUUCCAAAAUGGAACACUUGCCAAAUAUUGAGUCCUCCUCAAAAAUGACAAUUCUGUGUCUGGUGGGAUCUGACCUUGUACAAGGUUAGCCUGAAAUCUGAAUGGAGCCCAUAGUUGAAAAACAACCUAAGAAAAUCUCUUAGAGGCAGAUGCUUGGGGAAUGCAAUUCACUGACAGCACAGGACCCCGCAGAUGGUUUACAUGUGGUUUAGGUUUCACUAGAAAGGAGGAUUCCCUUCCCAGUCAGUAUCUUGCUCUGCCAGGUGGAAAAGGCAUGCUUAAGUGUCUAGACAAUAGGAGGAAGCACAUUUUUAUCUGGAAGUGGAUUUCUUAGAUCACAGGCUAACUAAAACGACUCUUAGGCUUUGUGUGUUGCUGUGAAGUUAUCUGUGAAAUUGAAUCAUCACCCCAUUGUUCAGUGUGGGAGCCCAAACUAGUCCUUACCCAAGAAGUAGUAGCCACCGGGUAGAACUGUGUUUAGUGUUCUGUUGUAGUCCCAGGUGUUGUAAAUUGCAUGUUGUAAUCAAUUGAACGUCAAAAUAUAAGAAAGUGUACCUUGGAUAUAGAAAAACCUAAGAACAGUAUAGUUCACUUGAGGAGAGAUAUAUAUAUAUGUGUGUGUGUAUAUAUAUAUAUAUAUAUAUAUAUAUAUAUAUAUUUACACACAAUAAAGUGAGCAAAAGUGAGUUAAAAUUGUAUAUACAUUGGGAUGUCAAACGUAAAACCACCAAGUGCAAAGAACGCCUUGAAAGUAGAACCUUGUCUCAUUGACCAAUGGUUACUAAGCAUUUAGAAAACAGUCAUCUUUUCUACUGGGAUUUGCAUUAGAAAUUAGACCCAUCAGUAAAUUCAGUUUACUAUCCAUUUAUUAAUACACAAAAACAUUAACAAUCUGUCAUACCAUGAUAAUCCGUCUAUUUCAGAAAAAUAGAUCAGAAUAUACGAAGGGAGGAUGGACGGUAUGAGAUGGAAAUAUUCAGCAGGUUUUUCUCCAACACCAACCUAAGAUUAUAUUUUUGAAAGAAAGUUUUACAGUGAUCAGACCAUGUGUUAUCUGUUAACGGACAGUACUAUACCUUCCAUCCUGUAAUGCACAUCGGUGAUAUUGAUUGGAAUAACUGAAUCUGAGAUACUCAUAUGUUCUCUCUGGCCUAACCAGCUGGUGCAUUGAGUUGGCUUCCUCAUCUGCAAGGUGGACAUUAUUAACCAGAGGGUCACAACCACUAAAGAGCACAUCACAGCUGCAAGUUUUGCUUUGUUCAUUGAAGUUGUAUGUGAUGUUUUAGUUUUUAAAUAUAUAUCUCAUAAUACACAAUGUUGAUGGUUAUCAAUCCAUCAAGCAUUUAGUAGAAAGACUUUAUAAUAUUAUUAAUUUUUCUUGUAGUUUUCAGUAGAUAAAACUUAGUCUUAUCAUGAGAGUUAGAAAAUAACAGCGUCACUUAAUUAUAAGAGAAAAUGUGAAAGUCUUUUCCAAUCCAGUGUUUCAAGUGCCUCACUUAUUGUGAAUCUCAACUAUCAUCUUGAGAUGGUUUAAUGGCAGUUUGGCCAAGUGAUUUCUAAGAGAUUUUAUUAAUUUAUGCAUUAACAAUAGUAUUCAACUUUCUUAGGCAUUAUAACCUAACCCAAUGAUUUAAAAGGAAACAAAAUGCAGCUCACAUGCCAGAAGACCUUAACCAGAAGUGGUUUAUGAAAAUUGAUCUGCAUUGACCAUUCUCUGCCUUCCUCUUUUGGAAAAUCUUUUUGUACCUUCAUAUCACAGCCGAAUAGUUAUCAUCGCCAUUUCCAUUUGGAAGUGUCUAGAUAACCACAAUGUGAUCACAGCUUCUCCACGAGCCUUCCUAAAGUUAACUUGGUACACUUGCUAUAACAUUUGGAACCUGUUGCUUUCUCUUCCUCACUCUUUAAAUGUCAUGUCACACAGUUCUUAGAAUCAGAACUAUUCAGUUAUUUCUUCAUGAUUCUGCCUGCCUUUCUGGUCUUCUCAUUCUGCAUGUUGUUAUAUAAAAGCCUGAACAACAACGAUGACGCAGAUGAGAGCAACACAUGCUUUUAUUUUUUGAUACCAGAGGGAAUUAACUAUGAUCACAUCGUGCUCUCUCUCUUCAGCAUUCCACCCCCACAUGCUGCAGCGUGGGAGUAGAUUGGUACUUACUGAGCACUUAGAAACAUUAUGCAUCAGGAACAGAGUCAGGAUGACUGCGUCCUAUGGUCAUGUCGUGAAGGAAGCCUCCUUUUACAAAC